UGUCUACAAAAUGGUUUAUUUACUUUUGAGUUCUGACUUUUUCAAAAAUUUCUGCAAAUAAAACAAAAUCAUAGAAAAACGUCACGGAAUUACGUACGCAGGUAGAGUUAGCUGGCCAGGCCGUUAAGGUAUCUUCAAUAUUUAUUUUUAAUUUUAGUUGAUUCUUAUAUAAUUUAGAUAUAGUGAUCAACGAAGAUUUGAUCUCGAUGGUACAGAAUUUUAUAAUGAAUCAGAAUAUCUUUCAGAACAAUAUCCAAUAACAUCAACAGCUGUUAUUUGGUCACUUGGUGUUAUUUUUUAUUUUUUAACAUACAGAAAUGCACUCAGUAUUGGUUCAUCCUAUCCUUUACCAGAUCUUCCACCUACUCAUUCUCCACUUGUUCAAAAUAUUGUUCAAUCUUGUUUACAAAAAAAUCCCAAUGGACGAUCAACAAAUCAAUGGCUCGCCCAAUAUCCAUUGACAAAUAGUAAUGCUAUCAUUUAA